AUGACUGCCACAGCCAUGGCCAGCGGCGUGCAGAAACUCUCCAGCACCAAAGAGGAAAGGAAGUUAAGGAAACCUCUCAUUGAGCGGAAGCGAAGGGAAAGGAUUAACAACUGCUUAGAUCAGCUGAAGGAGACUGUUGUUGGCGCAUUUCAUCUGGAUCAGUCCAAGCUUGAGAAAGCAGACAUCCUCGAAAUGACAGUAAAGCAUCUUCAGAACAUCCAAAACAGCAAGCUUAUGGCUGACUCCAAAGUGGGCCUUGAAGCCCAGCAGAGAUACAGCACUGGAUAUAUUCAGUGCAUGCACGAGGUUCACAACCUUCUCCUCACCUGCGAGUGGAUGGACAAGACUCUCGGUGCACGAUUGUUAAACCACCUGCUGAAAUCCUUACCCAGGUCUGGUGAAGACACCUGCAAAACAGCAUUAAGGUCUUCAAACCCAUCUCAGCAGCCUACCUUGACACCAAAAUCCCCACUGAGCCCUAAGGGGAACACUCCCAGCAGAAACCCACCACAGGAGCACUUCUACCUUGUGGAGAACAAACAGGCUUUGAAAAAUUCAUUCCAGCUGCCACCCAUGUCUGUUUUCAGCCAGGUAGACACUGUGCCUCCCAGACAGGUCCUGCAGCCAAAUUUUUCCCAUAAUAACCCUAGUAUGGGGUCAUUAGAUAUGUGGAGACCGUGGUAA